AUGUCCAACAGCAGCUCCUUCAAUGAGUUCCUCCUCCUGGCAUUUGCAGACACAUGGGAGCUGCAGCUCUUGCACUUCUCCCUCUUCCUGGGCAUCUACCUGGCUGCCCUCCUGGGCAACGGCCUCAUCAUCACAGCCGUAGCCUGUGACCACCGCCUCCACGCUCCCAUGUACUUCUUCCUCCUCAACCUCUCCCUCCUUGACAUUGGCACCAUCUCUGUUACUGUCCCCAAAUCCAUGGUCAAUUCUCUGUUGGACACCAGGGUCAUUUCCUACACAGGAUGUGUUGCCCAGGUCUUUUUCCUCUUUCUCUUAUGCUCAGCAGAGUGUUUUCUCCUCACAGUCAUGGCAUAUGACCGUUUUGUUGCCAUCUGCAAACCCCUGCACUACCGGACCCUCAUGGGCAGCAGAACUUGUGUCCAAAUGGCAGCAGCUGCCUGGGGUGGUGGUUUUCUCUAUGCUGUCCUGCACACUGCUAAUACAUUUUCAAUACCACGCUGCCAAGGCAAUGCCAUAGACCAGUUCUUCUGUGAAGUUCCCCAGAUCCUCAAGCUCUCCUGCUCAGACUUCUACCUCAGGGAAGUUGGGUUGUUUGUGGCUACUCUUUCUGUAGUUUUUGGAUGUUUCAUUUUCAUUGUGCUGUCCUACGUGCAGAUCUUCACUGCUGUGCUGAGGAUCCCCUCUGAGCAGGGCCGGCACAAAGCCUUUUCCAUGUGCCUCCCUCACUUGGCUGUCCUAUCUCUGUUUGUCAGCACUGGCACAUUUGCCUACCUGAAGCCCCCCCCUCUCUCCUCCCUAGCUCAGGAUCUAGUGGUGGCUGUUCUGUACGCGGUGAUAACUCCAGGAGCAAAUGUUCUCAUCUACAGCUUUAGGAACAAGGAGCUCAAGAGUGCACUGAAGAAACUGAUUCAGUUGGUACUAGUUCAGCGGCAAUAA